GCCGUGCAUUUUCGUGUAUGUUGUGUGUCAUUGUGUCCUCCAUCCGAGUACCAAAUCGAAAGCUCCCCCAAAAGUGUUCUUGUGUGAUGUUGUGAAUAAUUCCAACAAUAACCCUAAACAAUAAAACUGAACCUUAUUGUACUUCAACAGUCCUAAACAUUACAAUCUCACCAGCAUUGUGUAUCCUUCCACAUCCCUCCAAAACAAAAACUACAUCCCAGAACUUUCCUCACCUCAUCACACUUUUAUCGAAACGAAACGAAAACACCAUCGUCCCCAGUGCGCGUGCCCUGCCGUCCGUUGGUCGUGCCGGUUAUGUCGUGUGGCCGCGUAGCACCGAACUGCUAUGGCCGAAGACUUGGCUGAUCAAAUUGACGACUAUAUCUGUGUAUUUGAAGGAGCCGGUGACCUCACGAUGGAUACGUUCGUAAUGCUACUGUUCGCGCUGAUUGUGGUAGUGAUUUCGCUCGUGUUUGCGACCAAACUGAUCUACGACAAGUACGUACUGAAGAAGGGUGCUACGGCGACCGGUGGGACGGCUGACGGUGUCGGUACUGCUGCCACCGUGCCGGCCGGUACUGCGACACCGCUCGUGUCCGCCGGUGUGACUGCUGGGACACGCGUCUCCGAACCGAAGGAGGUGCUCAGCAAGAAGGAGGCCAUUCUGUCCCAAGUUCGUAAUGGAGGCAGCGGUGGCAUGGGAGGUGGCGGUGGUGGUGCCAGAGGUGGUGGCGGCUUCGGUGGAGGAGCGAUGGGUGCCGCCAGCGGUCCCAUGAUCGCUCGCAAACGAAUUUCCCGCAUGAGUCCCGGACCCGAGGCGCAAAAGAAGCGUCCGGUGAUACCACCUUCCAACAUUAAUGGCACUGAUCCGCAAAUCACGCAAUGGGCAAUCCAUCUGUUCCGCUGGCUGUACUCCGACCUGGUGGUGGUGAACAAGCUGCUCCAGGAUUGGGUGGCCACCGUCAACACGGCACUGCUGACGCACGUCGAGCAGCACGAAAUGAUUGUGGAGGUGGUGCGCGUCCUGCCGGAAAGUUUGCCCCCCAACAUGUCGAGCAUACUGUGCGAACCGACCGAUCAACCGAACGAGGUCGAGCUGCUGUUCGACGUCGACGCUACGCCCGUGCUGCAGAUCAAGGCAUUCAAGUCGAGCAAUCAAAAGACGGAGGUGUCCCACUACAAGGCGACGGUGGCCCGGCUGAAGUCACGCGUCAGCGUUAUCGUGAACUAUUUCGCACUGAAGGGAGAGAUGAAGCUGGAAGGAUAUCCUGAUAUCAAGAUCCAUCUGAACAGCAUUGGACCGCUGAAGACCGCUAACGCACAGGACGAGAAGAAGCAGAUCGAUCUCAUUACGGAGCUGCUGAUUGGUUCGAUGCGUGAUGUGGUGUACCCAGUUGACUUCUCCAUCUACUCCACCUGUCCGCGAAUAAUGGGCGAAGAGUCGGAGGAAGUCACCUCGGACUAUGGCUACGGUGGUUACAGUGAUGGAUAUCGUGGCUAUCAGGAUGAUGCGUACGGUACCGGACUGUCGGCAUCCCCAAGGAAACUACUAGUCAAAGUGGUGAAGGCAGAAGGACUGUUGAAGUGCUCACAACCUUUCUGUGUGAUCGAGAUGGACGAACCGGCCCAAAAGCACCAGUCCGCCUCCAAGCUUGGCCAAAGCCCGUACUGGGAUGAAACCUUCCUGUUUGAUCUGUCGAACCACUCUACCGAACUCCUGUUCGAGGUGUACGAUACUGUAGCAGUAGGUAAUGAUAAAACGACGAGCGAACUGCGCGAAGGAACCGCUGGGGAUGAUGCUACUAGUGACGAUCCUCAGCAGGUUCCUUCUGCGGCGGUUAACAUGGCCUCCACCGCCAGCAUACCCGACGUUGUCGACAGUACUACUAACACGCGUUCGGAAACGAGCGCCGAGCUGCCGCCGGUGGACAAUGGCAGCGAUGGUGUGUUGGCCACCGUUGCCGAAUGUCCGGAAGCGAGUGACGCCACGGAGAACGAUCCGGUCGAGCCGCUAACUACCAAAACAACUCCCACGCCGACGGUCGACUCCGGUGGCGACGAACCUGCAUGUACCGAUACUAACCAAUCUAAACCCCGUAAUGCAUCUGGUGGGCAAAAGUUCCUUGGACUGGGUCUGGUAGGAAUCGACGAACUGGCCAGUGGUCCAGCCACAACACAAAUCCUGGAAUUGCAACCGCGACCCUACGAAACGGAAACCAUUACCGGUUCCUUAACGGUUGAGUUUGUCUUCAUCGAUUCACCACCGGUCCCGGCAGCCCGAAGACAGUACAACCAGCAGUCCUUCCACGCGAACGGAAUGUCCAACUUUGCCCGAGAUGCCGUCACGAGUACGCCCGGUCCCGGAAGUCCGGGCAAGACCGCAGCUAACCAGGCGAUGGUCAACGGGUCGCAGAGUAGCUCCCCGAUGUCACCUUCCUCACCGUCCAAGCAGCUGUCGAACAAGGCGCAGGCGAUGGCAGAACGUAACCAACGGUUCCAGGCAGCCGAAGCUAACCGGAUGAACAAUUCCUUCCUCAAACCGACCGCAACCGGUCAGCUGAACUCUCUCAACGGCAUGGGCAAAUCCGAAUCCACACCGGCAUCGCCGGCCCUCUCCUCCACCUCUGCCACCUCCCAGUCCAUGACGGCCAGCCUGAGCAACAGUGCGCCGGUGAGCGUCAACUCGGCGCCACCCGUCAAGAAGCCGCGCAACAUCUUCGGCACGCUGCGCAACAAGCUGACGCCCUCGAAGAAGUCGAAAUCGCUGGACGUGCCGCAGUACAGCCCGACCACGCCCGGAGGUAACGUGCGGAGCGCAUCGUCAACGCUCAGUCGAGGAUCAUCGAUCGAUCAAAGAUCGAACAUUUUCCGCAACCUGUCACGCAAAUCGUCCAUCUCGGAGUCGUCCGCCAUCUCGGGCCUGUCGACGGGCAGCGGGCGAACGUACGUGCACGAGGAGUCGACGCUGCUGCUCGAAACGACCGAGAACAACGUGGUGCGCCACUAUCUGGUGCCGCUCGAGGUGGCCACCAAGCAGAAGAACUGGAAGCGCAAGGGUACCAAGCUGCACAUCUACAACGAUCACACGUUCGUUGCGAAACACAUCCCAGGUGGCAUCCUGUGCUUUGUCUGCAACCGCAGCAUACCGAGGCGCCCGGGCAAGCAGGGCUACGAGUGUCGGGACUGUGCGAUCCAGUGCCACAAGCCGUGCCACGUGCGGGCUCCCCAGGCCUGUCCGAACCCGAAAAUACUGUCCAUGCAGCUUUUGCGAUGGCCCUGGACACACUAAGGACACACCAGUUUCCCCCCAAAGAGACCCUCCCCGGGGAACGGACAACAAACAACUCUCUGCCAAAGGAGCAUUUAUACAGAGAAAACAACUACUAUCACUACCACUAAUAGAUCGGCUAAAGAAGCUAUACAAGGCAAGUGGAAAAGAAAAGCAAAAGCGGAGAAGAAAGUAAAAGGAUCAAAAAGCACACAACAAGUUAGGAUAAGCAAAAGUGUAUCAUUCGGGUAAUGAAAUGAAUCAACGCAAACAAAAACAAACGAAAAAAACGGGAUACAAAAAUGGGAAAAUCUUAGCUGCUGCUUAUUUUUGCUACAACGUAUUUCAUUAAUCAAAACUUCCUGCAAAAAAAAGUGUAAAAAUGGCUAAAACUCAAAAACAUAUUAAAAAGAAGAAACCAAUCCUCUCGAACGCUACAGCGCUUUCUACGACGAACUCUGUAUGAAAACGAUCUUUCGAAAACAAAAAGCAUACGUAUAACAGAAUAUAACGAUAGAAUUGUUGCGUUGCGAACCGUUUGAAUGCACCUGUGUUUGUGCCCGCGCAACAAGCUUUUGCUCGCGCAGCAAAUUCGUCUUUCUCGCACACUGUGUUUCAAAACAUGAGCUCUCUUUUUCUCACGCUUUCUUCUAAACCUUUCACCCCUCUACUGCUCUAUGUAACGUUUCUCUCGUGUUAAAAGAAUACAUUUGCUAUAAUAUAGUCAACAACAAAAAAAGGUUAACAUUGUACAGUACAGGAUGAGGGUGAGGGACGACGCGCGUACAACUAUGUUCGAUUUAGUAUAGCAGCAUGUGUUUAGAAGGAAAACAGUGCCUAAUGGAUAAUGGGUUACAGCGAGGAUCUGAGCGUAUUAGUCAUUACAAUGUAAGAACAACCCGUGGGCGCCAGGGAAUGGUAGAAGGUCCCGACAAAACUGGCCAGCAUAAGUGGAAUUCACAUUAAUUUAUAUCUAACACUAGGGGCAGCAGUACAGCGUAUCUGAAAUGGUAGGGUAGAGAUUGAAAUUUUCUAUUCGUUUCGUUCGACAAAGCAGAAACCAUGCUAAUAAAUACCUCUCUCUCUCUCUCGAAUCUGUAAACAGUGUGACCAAAAACCGUGAUUACAAUCAGCAAACAACAGUGCAGUAGGAACCGAUUGAACGAUUUUUUGUUUGCAAACGAUAAAACGAAUCAAGGCUUUAAGUGCAUCAAAUGCAGCUAAAUCAAAAUAUUGACCGUUAGAUAGGUCCGUUUAGUUUGUCACUUUGUUAACACGCUUCCGCAGAUCCCGUCACAGAGCACAACAACACAGUUUCGUUUUUUUGUAGAUGUUUCUGUUACUGCGAUGUUUUGUAUUGUGUACGAUUAUGUUGCUUUUAAUGCGUUUAUACUAAUGACUAUUGUUAUGCCCGUUACGAAUCUGAUUGGUGAGAUGAUCACGUUGUGUUGAAAGGUAAUGAAACGUUAAUUUAACAAACAAACAAAACCCCGAAUAAAGUCAGUUAAAGGUGAAAGUGUCAAUGAAUAAACGUUAAUAUUGUUUAAAAUGA